CGGUGCUGUUAUUGUUCCGUUGUGCCGCCCGGCGGGUGCCUCGCGCCCGGCGCCGCCGCCGCCAUGCCGAUCAACAAGCCUGAGAAACUGGACAAGCCAGAGAGCUGUGAUAAUGUCAAGGUUGUUGUUCGAUGCCGGCCUCUUAAUGAACGAGAGAAAGCUACGGGCUACAAAAUGGCAGUCAACGUAGAUGAAAUGAGAGGAACUAUAACUGUUCAUAAAACAGACUCGUCUAAUGAGCCUCCCAAGACGUUUACGUUUGACACAGUGUUUGGACCAGAGAGUAAACAGCUGGAUGUCUAUAAUUUAACUGCCAGACCUAUUAUUGACUCUGUCCUAGAAGGAUACAAUGGUACUAUUUUUGCAUAUGGGCAGACUGGAACAGGCAAAACUUUCACCAUGGAAGGGGUCCGAGCAGUUCCUGAGCUUAGAGGCAUCAUUCCCAAUUCCUUUGCCCAUAUAUUUGGUCACAUUGCCAAGGCAGAGGGGGAUACAAGGUUUUUAGUUCGUGUGUCUUACCUGGAAAUUUACAAUGAAGAAGUGCGGGACCUGCUAGGAAAAGACCAGACACAGAGAUUAGAGGUUAAAGAGAGACCUGAUGUGGGAGUUUAUAUCAAAGACCUCUCAGCUUAUGUCGUAAACAAUGCAGAUGAUAUGGACAGAAUCAUGACUCUUGGCCACAAGAACCGUUCUGUUGGUGCCACAAACAUGAAUGAGCACAGCUCUCGCUCGCACGCCAUCUUCACUAUCACUAUUGAGUGCAGUGAGAAGGGGGUUGAUGGAAACAUGCACGUGCGCAUGGGCAAACUGCAUCUCGUUGAUCUUGCUGGUUCUGAAAGACAGGCAAAAACUGGAGCCACGGGGCAGCGACUGAAGGAAGCUACUAAGAUCAACCUCUCUCUUUCCACACUGGGGAAUGUUAUCUCUGCACUGGUGGAUGGCAAGAGCACCCAUGUGCCCUACCGAAACUCCAAACUUACACGGCUCCUUCAGGAUUCUCUGGGGGGCAACUCCAAAACCAUGAUGUGUGCAAACAUUGGACCGGCAGACUACAACUACGAUGAGACUAUCAGCACUCUCAGGUAUGCAAACCGAGCCAAGAACAUAAAGAACAAGGCCAGGAUUAAUGAAGAUCCCAAGGAUGCUCUGCUCCGCCAGUUUCAAAAAGAAAUUGAAGAGCUUAAGAAAAAACUGGAAGAAGGGGAAGAGAUAUCUGGUUCUGAGACCAGUGAUUCUGAAGAGGAGGAUGAAGAUGACGAUGGGGAGAUUGGAGAGGAUGGGGAGAAGCGGAAGAAACGGCGGGGCAGUAGCAGCAGCAGUAGUUCAGACUCCACAUGCUCUGUCAUAGAGAAACCUCUGGAUAAGUCCUUCACUAAUCAAGCAGGCAAAAAGAAAGUUUCCCCUGAUAAGAUGGUAGAGAUGCAAGCAAAGAUUGAAGAAGAGAGAAAAGCUCUUGAAACUAAGCUUGAUAUGGAAGAAGAAGAAAGAAAUAAAGCCAGAGCUGAACUGGAGAAGAGAGAAAAAGACUUGCUAAAAGCUCAACAAGAGCACCAGUCCCUGUUGGAGAAACUGUCUGCAUUGGAGAAGAAGGUGAUUGUGGGAGGAGUGGACUUGCUGGCUAAAGCAGAGGAGCAAGAGAAGCUUCUAGAAGAAUCAAAUAUGGAACUGGAAGAGCGAAGGAAGAGAGCAGAACAGCUUCGCAAGGAGCUUGAGGAGAAGGAGCAAGAACGCUUGGACAUUGAGGAGAAGUACACCAGUCUCCAGGAAGAAGCACAGGGGAAAACCAAAAAGCUGAAGAAAGUUUGGACCAUGCUUAUGGCUGCAAAAUCAGAGAUGGCAGAUCUGCAACAAGAGCAUCAGAGAGAGAUUGAAGGAUUACUAGAGAAUAUUCGGCAGCUGAGCAGGGAACUUCGCCUUCAGAUGCUUAUCAUAGACAACUUCAUUCCUCAGGACUACCAGGAAAUGAUUGAAAACUAUGUUCACUGGAAUGAAGACAUUGGGGAAUGGCAGCUGAAAUGUGUUGCAUAUACAGGAAACAAUAUGAGGAAACAGACGCCUGUCCUGGAUAAAAAAGAGAAAGAUCCCUUUGAAGUGGACCUUUCCCAUGUUUACUUAGCUUACACUGAAGAAAGCUUGAGGCAAUCUCUGAUGAAGCUGGAGAGGCCGAGAACUUCAAAAGGAAGAUCCAGGCCCAAGACGGGUAGAAGAAAACGUUCGGCAAAGCCAGGAGCCGUCAUUGACUCUCUGCUGCAGUAGGUGUGACCUGUUCAGAAUUGCCGUAAAAAUCAGUGAGUGUAUAAGGUUUGGCCAGAAUAUGGAAUUCAAGAGAUGGCACAGUUUGACAUGGCUAUAAAAUCCAUGCCUUGCUGGUAUGGAGCUUUAUUUUAAAAAAAAUAAAUGUAUUUUUCCUUAGUUGCCCGUAUAUUGUAUGUUAUAUUAACAUAAUAUUAAACUGGUAUAUAUGAUGGUUGUGAAAUUCCAUGUGUUAAACGUGUUGUGCAGGGAAACUAUUGUUGGCAAUCCUUGUUGAAAUGUAUAGAAAAUAAGGGUUCUAGAUGUGUGUUUAAGUGCUAGAUAUGUUAGCUCAAAAUGGUUGAUGAAAUCCUAAAAUUUAAGGCUGGUAAAUCUGAUUUAUGCCCUGCUUUGCACAUAACUGGCAGCUUUCACUAUUGUCCUCUGUUGCACUGAUCUGUGUUUGAAUGUGGUUGCUGCAAACCUUUAAGAACAUCAAACCCUUUUAUUUAAAUAUUCCUCACUGUGGCUAUUAACCUGAUUGUAUUGUGUAUCAAAUACACAGUCCUCUUCCCUUCAUUUGCUGUCUUGCUGUACAAAGUAGUUGGCUAGGUGAAACGUGAACUACAAAAGUCAGACUUCUGGGAAGGGACCAUGCUCUGUUUAAGUGCAACAGAAAACAAGCGUGUUUAAGUAGUGCUUUUAUUUUUGUCUAUUUGCGUGUGGUCUGCUGGCACUAUGGAGAAUGAGGCCUUUGCAAAGGCUGAAGAGCUGGUGUUUUUUCCUCCUUUUAAGGCUGUGUUGCAGCAUUGCUUUGGCUGCUCUUUAUGCUUCUGAGCUGGAAGUUUUUAAAUGUAUGUGAAUUGUUUUGUAAUCUGAACAGCAGAGAUUAUUUGAGGGGAAUGCUAUAACACUAGGACUUGUGACCCCCCAGGUCAGUUCAGCCUUGGGACUGUGAGCAUUAUGGCUCCAUUUUCUCAUCCCUGGCUACAAGGGCACUGGACCAGUGCUCUAAACUGAGGAUGAAUUUGACUCUCCUGUAUUAAAACAGGCAUGAAUUGCCCAAUUUUCCCAGAACAGUAACAUCCCCUGAAAUAACUGAUGCUGUUUGUGUUCCUGUGUAGACUGUAUCAUCUCGGGCUUCUGCCUAUGCUCUGAGAGGAAAAAAAUUCUGGUCUCUGAUAAUAACCAUUUAUUUGUGGUGGCUGCUCUUUUUCUUUGAUAUUUAUGCUGCUAAUAGACACAUAUCACUUUAAUACAUUGCUUUCGUGUCACAGAAAAAAUGCAUCUCCUUUGGAUUGUGUGUGCUUUAUAACUCAUGCUGGAGCACAUCAGCUGCAGGCAUCUUAACAGCUCCCAUGCCAGGGUGGUGGUAAUUAGCUGUAACUUCCAUGUAAUCUUAGUGUUAUCUAGAGGUUUAAAAAGCUGUGAUUACUAAUAGGAGAAAUUGAGUCCUUAAGCAUGACAGAAAGAACAAGACAGCUCCUUAGGUGUCCUGAGUUCUUGCUAGUAGCCAUGUUUGCAAUUACCAGAAUGUUCUUGUGAAGUACUUUAGAGUAGUUAAAAGUUGAUAGCCCUUUCUUACUGUCAUGAUGCUUAACUGGAUGUACCUUGUGUCUCUCUAACAGGUCUGUAACAGGAUCUGUAAUAGUUAAAACUGGUCUUGUAAGGGCAUAUUUUGCUCUGGAGAUAUAUUCAGUGCUAUUCUAAAUGGGUUGUAAGCUUCUCCCUGUUUUUUUUAAAUGUGUUUUUCAGGAUCAUGACCUAGAAGAAUAUAUUGCUCUCUAUUUUGGGGGGGAGGGAGUGUCACCUAAGUUCAUACAAGAUACAAACACUGGCAUUUGUUUUCUGUAGCCUAGCACUUAAAGAGGUAAAUAACCAGAAUUUUUGUCAAUCUAAGCUGUAGUUGGUUUUGCUCUUGAAGAGCUGACCUUACCUUGAAUGUGCUUGGAUAGAGUUGGGUUAUCUUGUGCUACAUACUUCUCAUCAAACAAGAUGGAUUGAAAAUGGCUUAAAUGCUGUUUUGUCUUGGGGCUUAUGUCUGUUCUCAGUCCAAGCAGAUAGAUACGUAGUUUUGGCCUGUGCUAGUUCUCAGAACCAGGGAUAACUGUUGUAUUUCCCUCUUGUGUUAUGUCUUGUGCUAAGAUUUACUGAAUAUGUUUUUAAUGAAGUGUCUCCUUCCAGAAAGACCAUUGAAAAUUCUUUUAACUGACAGACAUCAGUGGCUUAAAGAUACCACUGUGAACCAUGACACUGCGUUUAAAAUAUUUAAAACUUAACUAUAAAGGCGUAUGCUUUAUGAUUUAUUGUUACAGUCCUGUUGCUGAAAACUAUACUACUCUACAUAUUUAAGUGAGCCUUGGAGCAGAGAAAAUGCUUACUAAAUAAUUGCUUGCACGGCUUUGUAAUUGGCAGAUUGGAGAAGCUCGUUGUAAUCUCCUGUUACAGGGGCUUGGAGAACAAAUUUUCUGCUCUUACAAGAGGACUUUAAAUAAAAUGGAACGCUAUCAUGGUCAUAAUGAUCUAUCAGCUUGGCUUACCUUUUAACUGGUGUGUGUUGUUGAAGUUCUGGGAACUUUCUUUUAAAACCAGGGAGUCUGGCUUGCAGGUUUACCAUAUGGGCCUUCUCUGUAGCCCUGGACAAUCUGUGAAUGUCUAAUGGGUCCAUAACAUGUUUUAAUGAGGAAGGGUUUUUUUUAAGAGCUUAAUAGAGCCAUUCUCAUCCCAGGUCAGUAUGUGCUCUAUAGUAUUUAUCAAAAAUCACAUUACCAUAAUAUGUAUAUCGUGUGUGUUCAUCCUUGCAUCUUGCUACUAGAAGAUUCCCCUCAGUCCAGAACAUUGACCUUAACAUUGAGGUUCUUGACGCUUUAUGUUGUUUAAUGUUGUGUAAAUGAAUUAUUUCAUAUUUAACUUGUUCCUGAUCCUUUCUUUAAGAGGAGGGGAAAAUGGUCCUUAGUGCCUUUCACUGACUAUGCUGUCUGCACAUGUCCAGCUUUCACCUUUCUCAACAGUUUGCUUCAUUGGUCCUGUAUAUAGGAAAACCCUCUAGUCUGUUUGUAUAAUUUGUCUUCCUAUUUAUUGGUUUUCUAACUCUGUUUAUUUCUGAUUAUUCUUUGUUUUAUGAUUAAACUUUAUUCAUUACACUGUGUAUAUCAGUAUUGUGUCCCUGGAGCAUGUUCAUACCAUGAAAUAAAAUUCUUGAUUCCUAGUUCCACCUCUGUAUGUGUUUUUCAAAUAACUUUAUAUGUACAGCAUCUUUCUAACCCAGUUGUGAGAAGAUGCAUCAGGAGGGGUAGCUGAAAUAGUCUGUAUAGCUCUGUGAUAUACAGCACUUACUGGAGAAGUGAGUUUGGGGUGCGUGGGGGCCCCCAUUGCCAAGCCUCAGGGCAGUGGGCAGCAAGCUCCUGUGGAAGAGGUAGACAGGGCAGAAUAAGAGAGUGCUUUGCGAGACUCUGGAGGAGAUCAGUGGAUGAGGGUGGUAUGCAGGUCAUGAGAUGUGCCCCAAGGAGCUGAUGAGCCCCCUGCUCAAGGUGGUCCUCUGCUGGGCUUGUCCUGAGCUGCCUUUGGGGAAGAGGAAAGCCCAGCUGAGCCAGAGCACUGCAAGAGCAGCUUCUUGUCCACCGCAAUAGUUGGUGCUGCCUGUGUUCCGCCUCUUCUUGUGUAUGUGCACUGCGUAGGUGGGACAGCUGAUGGGGAGAAGGCUUUUCACGCUGUUCUGGCUUUGUGUCCUUGUGCUACAUGGCAAGCCUGUCAUGCGCUGUAUUUGUGCAGAUGAUGUGAAUUUACCUGCCAUAAUUGGAAACAUUCAGCUCUUUGCUGCAUAAACUGUAUUGGUCUGCAGUGCAUUUCUUCUUCUGGAAGACAUUGCAGCCUGCUCAUGCAGUAGGCAACAGGUUUUUUGUGGUCUGCUAACUUUGCAGCUCCCCUGAGUACUGUGACUCAGCUGAUGCAUGAACCAAACCCUGCACAGUCCUGGGACUUUCCAAAGUGCUCUCCCACGCUGUGCCAAAGUAAGUUCUGAAAUGGUAGACACCUAAAUACCUGCAAGACUCCAGUCCCCUGCUGCUAGAGACGCUUUAACCACCACCCAGGUCCGCCGCAGACUAGAGUCAUGCCUUCAACAGUGCAGUUUAGCUCCCUGUUGCUAUUUUUUUUGCUGCCAUUGGUGCUGGAGCCUCUUUACUCCUGGCCCCCAAAGGACUAUGCCAUAUAUAAAUAGCAUAUAUAAAAACAUAUGGUUAUAAUAUAAAUAUAGCCUAUAAAGUAAGGGGAGAACUAAGGGCCUGCUUAGCUGCAGACCUGACAUCUCCCUUUGCAGCUCUAGCAUACACUUCUGAGUUCACAGCUUUCAGAAGCAGGCCCUGUUUAUGGCUUGUCUUCUCCAAUCUGGCUUCUCUUGGGCUUUUUCCUCUGCUUAGACCUGCUUUCCUUGUGUUGGUACAAGCCUUAACACCAUAGCAGGACCAAUUCUUUGUUUUGGCAACUCUUGCCAGCACCAGCCUUGUGCUAGUGGACUCAGGACUGUUCACUGUAGCCCCACGUAUUUCUUGCAACUUAUAUGGCAAAAUAAAGAAAAUGACUUCUGA